CCGCUAUAAAGUGCUGACARGCAAAUAUUUGCCGCGGCCCUAAUCCCACUUUGCCCUUGUGUCGGCAAAUCUCCGGCGGAUGGAUAGGGAGAGAGUUUUGCUGGCACACGGGGCAGCCGKGUCUGUCUCCAGAGCAGAUGCCGGGUUUGUAGCCGGCCCUCCUCCUCCGGCUUACGUUGAUCCUGGUAAUCCAGAGUGARCAAGGAGAAGGAAAAAAACCCAAGGUUUUAGUGAAAUGGUUGUCUGUCUCCUUUGGGCACUGGAUUCCCCUCGGGCAGAGGUCCUGCGGUGGUGUCACAGAGAAAAAUAAUCAGCACCAAACCAAUGGUCAUCAAGGAUAUGAGCUCUGCUGUUUUUAUCUAGAUGGAUGAAAAGGUUACCAGCCCAGAAGGGGAGUUCCUUUUGUUUCCAAGAUGGCAGCAACUAGUGGCGAAAGCCAACUGCAGCGGAUUAUCAGAGACUUGCAAGAUGCAGUGACUGAAUUAAGCAAAGAAUUUAAAGAAGGAGGUGAACCAAUCACAGAUGACAGUGUCAACUUGCAAAAAUUYUCCUACAAGCUUGAGUACCUUCUCCAGUUUGACCAGAAAGAAAAAAGCACAUUGUUGGGCAACAGAAAAGACUACUGGGAUUAUUUCUGCGACUGUCUGGCAAAAAUCAAAGGAGCUAAUGAUGGAAUCCGCUUUGUCAAGUCCAUUACAGAGCUACGAACCUCUCUUGGAAAAGGAAGAGCAUUUCUUCGUUACUCCCUGGUUCACCAAAGGCUAGCAGACACCUUGCAGCAAUGUUUUAUGAACACUAAAGUGACCAGUGACUGGUACUAUGCAAGAAGUCCAUUUCUGAAUUCCAAAAUGAGUUCUGAUAUUGUGGGUCAACUGUAUGAGCUCACUGAUGUUCAGUUUGACUUGGCAUCAAGAGGCUAUGAUUUAGAUGCUGCUUGGCCAGCAUUUGCCAGGAGGACUCUGUCCUCGCUUGGAUCUUCAGCAUAUUUAUGGAAGCCCCCAAGUCGSAGUUCCAGCAUGAGCAGUUUAGUGAGCAAUUAUUUGCAGGCACAAGAGUUUCCUUCCAGCCCUGAUGUAAACAACUCACUAAAUGUUGAACACCUUGAGGGCUAUGAAGAGAUGCGCUUAGAACUUGACCAGGCUGAGCUGAGGCAGAGGGAACUUCAAGAUCGUAUUCACCARCUAGAAAUUGAAAACCAGGAGCUCCAGGCAGCUGUUAGCCUUCAAAAAGAACAAGUACAGGCAGAAAAGGAGAAGAGCAGUAACUACAGUGAAGAGAACUCCCGGCUGACAAAGAUGAUCACAGAGUUACAGAAGCAGUGUGAGGUCUCGCACUCCACUCAGAGCACUGUCCAYGACCUGCAGAAGUGCCUACAGUCACUGGAACUGAAUGCAGUGGAGCAGCAGAAGGAACACUCAGCAAAGGUGGAGCAGCUGUUGACCAGCAAGGAAGAUUGUGCCUCAAAAUUGCAGGUUUCAAAUCAGGAGCUGGAGACCUCUAGGGCUUUGAUUGCUGUGAAGGAUCUUUGCAUUGAUGAGCUCAAAGCCAAGCUGAAUUCCACAGAACAGAAGAACCUCAACCUCCUUGCAAAAGUUGAUGCUGCCUUGGACAAAAAGGGACAGGAAGCCACAGCCCAGUAUGACUCUACCCUACAAAUACGGGCACUGUUAGAGAGGCUUCAAGAGAUGGAAAAGGAAAAGGCAGAUAUGCAAAGACUCAAUGAUGAACAUGCUUCUCAGCUGAAAKCAGCAAGGGAGGAGCUGCUGCUGAAAGAGCAGGCACAGAAGGAACUGGAAUCCAGAUACAGUCACCUCACAGCUAACUCCAAAGAAGAGAGUGAAAAGCUGAUUGGGAGCCUGGAGACCAUGACAAAGGAAAAGGAUGCACUUCAAAAGGCCCUUACUCUGAAAGGAAAGGAGAUGGCUGAGCUUCAGACCCAGGUAAUGGGGUCUCUAGCUCAGUUGGGUUCACUGGAAAAAAAUCUUGAGGAAGCCAGGAAGGAAAAAGAGAAACUUGAGGAGGAGUAUGGUAGGAGGGAAGGAGCACUGAAGCAGGAAGCCCAGUCACAAGCAGAGCAACUUGAACUACAGGAGGGUCGCUUAACAAAGGUGAGUCAGACUGUGUGUAGCCUUCAGGAGCAAAACCAGAAACUCAUGUCUGAGAAGGAGCAUCUCAGACAGAAAAUCAAGGAGCUGGAGGAGSAGAUGGAGCAGCAAAACUCUGCGGUGAGCGAAUUGGAUGAGGAGAGCAGGAAACUGAAAGCAGAGAAUGAAAAUUUGCAGCAGUCCAAGAAGAAGAUGGAAGAGAAGCUGAAAAAUCUGGAAGCUUCUAAAGCUUCCCUGGAAGCCGAUGUAUCCAGGUUGAGAGCCUCUGAGAAACAACUUCAGAGUGAGAUAGAUGAUGCCCUGGUGUCAGUUGAUGAAAAAGAGAAGAAGCUCCGGGGUGAGAACAAACAGCUGGAUGAGGACUUGCAGAAUGCCAGGAGGCAAAACCAGGUUCUAGAGGAGAAGCUGGAGGCUCUGCACUCAGAAUAUGAAGAACUAAAGCAAAGAGAAGAGACCUCCAAAGAGUCUUACGCCUCMCUUGAAGCACAACUGAAGAGUGCCAAGCAUCAUAGUUUACAAAUGGAAAAAAGCUUGGACACCUUGAAGGAAAGCAAAGAGUGUCUCCAGUCACAGCUCACAGAGAAGGAAGUAGAACUGCAGGGCAUGGAGAGCCAAUGUGAGCAGCUACGAGCAGAAGCUGAAGGAUACAGGAAGAAAGCAGAGACUCUUGAGAYGGAAAAGCUCAGUGUUGAAAAGACCUGCCUUCAUCAGACAAAACUUAUAGAAWCUCUCACAUCAGAAAAGGAAUCAGUGGAAAAACAGCAACUACAGCAGGCAGUGUCCCUGGAGAAGGAGGCAAAAGAGCUGGCCUUCAGACUGACCAUGAGUGAAGAGCAGUUGGAGGUGAACCGAGGGGAAGUGUCCAGGCUGCAAGCAGAAGUCCUUGACCUGCGAGUCAAGCUUCAGCAGGCCACUGAUGAGAGAGAGAGGAUGAGAGGUGAGCUGGCAGUCACUGAGACUGUCUUGAGUGAGCAGAAGGUGCUUGUCCAGCAGCUGAAAGAGCAGAGUGAGUCUCUCAACAGAAACCACGUGCAAGAACUGGUGCAAUGUAAAGAAAGGGAAGAAUUGCUGAAAAAGGAGCAGGAAGUAACAGCCCAUGAAAAAGCUGAACUGGAAAACAGUUUGAUGAACCUAAAGGAAGAGCUGUCUAAGGUUAAGCGGUAUUUGGAAAAUGCUAGAGUGGAAAAUGCAGAAAAUAAAGAUCUUCUYCACAGGACCAACACUGAUAUGGCUGAACUUGGUAUUCAAAUUUGUGCCUUGAGCUCUGAAAAGGUGGAUGCAGAAGAGCAGUUGGCUCAGGCCACAGAAAGGUUCAAAGAACUGGAAGAACAGGCAGCAGAGCAACAGGAGAAGCUGAAGUUUGACAUCUCUAAUCUCAGAGAAGAGAACAAGAGCCUGCAAGAGAAAUUAGAGGAGGCUCAAAUGUGUGCCGCAGCUGUCCCAGGUCUGCAAUUGCAGCUGGAGGCAGUAAAGAAACAGGCACAGAGUUUCCAAGAGACCAGCCAAGAAGAGCUGUCUGCAAUAAAAUUUCAAAUGAGCACAGAGAUUCUAAAUUAUCAGACAAAAUUCAAGGCUGUCAGUGAAGAGUGUGGGAAAGUAAAAGAACAACUYGAGGAGCAGAAGCGACAACAGCAUGCUGCGGAGGAAGAGAUUACAGAGUUACAAGCUGCAAACACAAGUUUGUGUAGAAAGCUGGAUGAAGCAAGAGAACAGCUGUCUGAAUCAGAGUCUGCUCGACUGCAGAAGGAAGAGGAGGUGACAUCUCUUAGACAGCUCCUGGAAAGGAUCCAAAAAGAAGCUGAUGAAGCAAAAGAGAAGAUCCUGGAUUACACUGAGAAGCUCAGCAAGGUGGCAGCAGACAAAGAUAGCAGUGACCAGAAGUUAUUUGCUGAGCUGGAUGACCUGACAAGAACAAAGCAGUUCCUUGAAGAACGUUUGAUAGAGCUUAUCAGAGAUAAGGAUGCUUUGUGGCAAAAAUCCGAUGCUCUGGAGUUCCAGCAGAAGCUUAGUGCAGAGCAGAGGUGGCAGGGGGACACAGAAGUUAAUCACUGUCUGGACUGCCAGAGAGAGUUCUCAUGGAUGGUGCGGCGACACCACUGCAGAAUGUGUGGUCGCAUUUUCUGCUACUACUGCUGCAACAACUACAUGGUGACAAAACCUGGUGGAAAAAAGGAGCGCUGCUGCAGAGCUUGCUUUAAUAAGCCUAGAGUCAUUGUGGACAGUACAGAUGACUCUGGAUCCAGUGCCAAUCAGGAAGGAUCACCAGCUUCRUUGGAAUCUCCUGUGUCACCACCCGAGAGGGCUUUUGUUGCAAGUGAAGCCUCUAAACCACCAGAUGAUGCAGCAUUUGAUAUAAUCACUGAUGAGGAGCUGUGCCAAGUACAGGAAUCAGACUCUCUCCACAAUGAAAGUCAGAUGGAAAGAGACUCUCUGGAUCAAAGUGUGACAGAUCUAUGUGUUUGCUGGGCUAAGCAGCUGUUAGGGGCUCUGUACAGCCUCCAGUCUCCGUUUCAGGUUUCUGGCUUUCACACAAUUCGACCUGUAAUUCAUAGCUGGUGUCACUCCAGAGUUCAUCCAGAGCAUACACUUUUUUUGAGAAACAGCACGUGUAAUUCUUCAACCUUUGAUGAAUCYGAAGAGUGGCAAGUUGCUCAAGAUGCUGAGAUAUGCUUGUUGAAGUCAGGAGAAAUCAUGAUUAAAUUACCCCUUACAGUGGAAGARAUCAUGAAUUUUGGAGAAAGUAACAGAGAGCUGUUCAUUAAAUCCAGCACCUACAGUAUCAUUCCCAUCACUGUUACAGAGAUGGGACUAACAAUUAGCUGGAUCUUCUCAUCAGAACCCAAAAGCAUCUCCUUCAGCGUKGUCUACCAAGAAUCCGAAGACACGCCUCUGGAUCAGUGCAAAGUUCUUAUCCCUAUGACUCGCUGCAACUCUCAUAAGGAAACUAUCAGAGGACAGGUGAAAGUCAGAAACUGUGGAAUCUACACACUGAUAUUUGACAACACAUUCUCUAGGUUURUCUCAAAACGAGUGUUUUAUCACUUGGCUGUUGAGCGACCUGUCAUCUAUGAUGGAAGUGAUUUUCCAUAGCCUUUACUAUACUGUGUAUUUUAAAUUAAAUUUUUAAGAUAUGCUAUUAUUUAUGUACAUGUAAGCAUUCUGAUUACCACUGUGUUUGAAGACUUUGAAACUAUGCAAUAGUUYUAGUGCACUUAAGAGGAGAUGUGUACACUAAAAAAACAGAAGCCUUUUCAGGAACACUAAUGGUUCUGUACUGUGUACAGAUUGCUGAAAAGYCAUCUUGUUUGGUUUAACAGGUCAAUAAUAACCAAUUUGUUUUCAGUGGGAAGAAAAAUAAGUGUGGAGGUAUCUAAAUGCAAACUCAAAUUCUCUGCUGAAAAUCAAGCUAUUUUUCUUCCAAAAAUAUCCUUUAAAAGGAAAUUUAAAGAAAAAUGCCUAUUUUUGACCUCUUCACUGAGCUGUAAACAUAACCAUCUCUGUUCUGCUGUACUGCUUUUACAGUCAGAGCAGCAUUUAUGCAAUACUUCAAUCUUCACAGGCAAAUAUUGUACUCCAUCUAGAAUUUUUUAUCUUUUCCAAAUUUUAUAAGCCACAAACCAUAGGAGUUUUAUACAUUUUGGGCUAAGAUUUGGUAAGUCUUAACUGACUUCUACAAAUGCUUUGGCACUGAAUACCAGUUACAAAACAAUAAACACSAAGCAGCUACAACUUUCACUUUGGCUCACUGCACUCUGUACAUUGGCCCAUGGAACCCAGCUCUUAUGGUGAGCACCAGUGGCAGAACACAGAGUGUUUAUUCCCUGUGGAAUAAAGUACUGCUCACUCGGUGAUUUUGGGAAGAGGAGCAUUCCUUUUUCCUGCCUUAGCACCUUAGUCAUCAGCAUUCACAGGAAAGCACAGUUUCUGAGGAGAUCAGUGUCUCUCUCUCUAGACCACAUGGAAGGCAGCAGUAGUGUUUGAACCAGUCUCAAAACGUCCAUCCAAAAUGGAAUGCAUAUCCAGGCCUGGUGAGCUCUCUAUCCAGUGGUGUUAUUGUAUUCUGUCCCUUUCCUAACCUUUGCAGUUGCCCUAUCAAACKAACUCUCCAUCUCAGAUUUGGGGGCUGUUAACACUGCCUUUUGAGGGAAGGCUGGGUUUUCAUUUAUACAGAAUUUCUAUGAUGUGAAACAUCUGCUUUCUACAUAGAAUUCAGAAUAAGCUCAACCAGGGAAGGUGAUCAGAAGAGACCAGGUGGUGUUUAUAUAUUGCUGAUCCAAUCCAAUACCCAUAAGAGAUCUCCCACAUCAAGAGACUGUUGUUUGAAAGGUGGAGAUCACAAAACAAGUGUUGGAUAUUUAUAUAGUAGCAGCUGAGACAAAGGGAAAUUUCUGAUAAUAGAAAAGAAUUGCAAAUAAAGCUAAAGGUCAUUCAUCAUUUGUUCCAGUUGUUAACAAUAUAUAAAUACAGUCAUCUUGAAAAAGAUUGUGAAAGAAUGACUACUCUUCGUGGAGCACCUGGGACUUAGGUCUCAUUGAUAGCAUUCCCUCCCCUUCARCUGCCUUCUUCCCCAUGGUGGUGAUGUGCUCCCAGCCCACUGCCAGCAGCGAGGUCAGUGGAAGGUGGCAGCUCCCAAGGGCUGCAGUGCAGUCAGGCCCUCACCUGUCUGUGUGCAUGAAAAGGAGAUGGACGAGGGACUGAUGUGGGCAAUAAAGAGCAAUAAAUGGUGCAGGGAUCGGUUCAUGAAUUACAGCCUAUUUCAGUCUUGAAGCUAUGUUUUAUAUUUAAUUAAGCAARAAGAGAUUAUUUAUUGCUUAAAAAUGGAGUACUGUGUACCAUAUGCUAUGCAAUUUCACUGAGCUGUUACUGAAGUCUGCUGCAGUUUUCUUUUAAGCUUUUAGGUGUGGUUUUUUAAAGCAUUUUGCUUUUAGAAUUUUAGAAUACUAAUCUUACUGGGAUUUCUUUCUUUAAAUGCCAAAUGUAAGGUAAAGGCACACUGUCAGGUAUCUUUGGCCAAAAUAUGACAUCACUGUUCAAAAGUAUUUAAAGUCUCUCUGUUCAAAAUUAUUUGACAGCCUUGCCUCCUGAUUUGCUCUCCACAUCCAGUUCUUGACAUUUUUCCAUCCUGUGGCAAAUAUUUUUAAGCCCCUGUUCAUGUGGCUUUUUAAAUAAUUGUCUCCAUGUAGUAAGCCAGAUGUUUCCCUGGAGGUUGCUCAUGCAGACAGUCCUGAGACUGGCUGAAGCCUUUGUUUAGGAGAUGGGGAGUAAAUCCACUGGAUUGUUUUUAUUUAGUAAUUGAGUUCUUAUGGUCCCUUUUCUUCAGGUUUUCCUGCCUAUUGAGAGUAAUUUUAUGGCUUUUGUAAACCUGCCUCAAAGAGGAUUAAGAAUGGGAGUCAGAACCUGUAGUGUAAAGAUUAAAAGAAAAUGUUUGCUUCUGKCCAAGGACAGUACUUAAGGAGAAAAAGUUUCAAAUUACGAAAUAUCAGGCUCGUAAGGUAGAAGUUGACAGGAGUGCAGCUGUUCAAAAAAGCUGCUCAAGAACAGAAAUCCCGUCACAACAGCUGGAAGAGGCUGUGCAAGUAAAGAACCUGACAUUAGUACAGACCUUUUAUUUGAAUGUCCCAGACAAUUUAUUACUGGAGCCGUGGAAACCCAAUAAAGGACUGCACAAAUGUGGGUUUGUGCAAGAGAUUAUUUCAUUCAAACACCUCAAUCCUCCAUCCGUAAAAUGCUUGUUCAUCUGAGCUAUGCCAGCAAUGCUAAAAAAUCUAUUUGUUAUUAGUUGCUCAGGUGUAUUAUUGAAUUGGGUUUUUUAUUCUCUGCAGAAAYGCAAUUAAGAGAAAAGAAAUAUUUAAAAUUGAUCAUGAAAUUAAUUGAAGGAGAUGUCACAUUCAUAGGUCAAAGAGAUUAUACACUGUGGUCAGCACAAGCAAUCAGAUAUUUUUACUGGGUGCUGGAAAGGAUAAGGAGACAUGGAGGGUAAGAUUUUUUGUUGUGGAAAGGUUUAUGCGAAGGAAAGAACAUAGUUUCUUCAAGAAAAUGAUAGUGUCCCUUUACUCAACAUUACUCCAUGUUUCUUUUCAAAAAAUGAAAGGUGUAUUGCACAAGAGUGUACCAUGUUACAAAAUAGGAAAGCUACAAAAGACUGACUUUUCUCCCUUCCUAAAAUUGAAAUUGCACUACAGUUUUAAUUAUGCUCARUCACUGAGGUUGUAACUUGUUCAGAAGUAUCAAUUGGUCUUAACUCCCAAAGAAUUGUAAAGCCUGUUCACAUCAAAAUUCCUGCUCCAGAUACCGGAAAAAUCAUGUAUACCAGUGUCUGUACAGUUACAGAGAUGUAAACGGUUGUGUGUUGGAAUGUUUCUUGAUGCUCUUUUUUUCCUUUUUUAACCUCAGGAAUUUAAAAAUAAAAUUCUUUAUCAUUGCGAA